AUGGCUGACACCGAGUUAAAUGCCUGUCAGCAUGUCAGUAAUGAACAUGCCACUGAGAAUGUAACGGGGCGCAAGUCCCUGAAAACACUUCGUAGUGCGAUCUCAAAUGUCGUUGAAAAUACAAGGCCAGAUCCUUGUGAACACCAUCAAGAUGCAAAAUAUCCGGAAGGCGGUCUCCGCGCAUGGCUCGUCGUACUGGGCUCCUGGUGUGCCAUGGUGCCAUCUAUGGGUCUGUUGAAUACUAUCGGAGUCCUCCAUGCUUGGACAGCGGAUCAUCAACUGGCGCAGUAUUCGUCUUCAAGUUUGGGAUGGAUCUUUGGUGCCUUUAGCUUUUUCCUCUAUUUCGGAGGUGCUCAAGUUGGGCCUAUCUUUGAUAGUCGAGGAGUGCUACCAGUGGUGCUACCAGGAUCCAUUGGUAUAGUUCUAUCCGUCUUUUUCUUCAGUGCAAGUACUGAAUACUACCAAAUAUUCUUGUCCUUCAGCGUUCUUGGUGGUAUCUCUUCUUGCUGCCUGUUCACCCCAGCCAUCUCUGCCGUCGGCCACUGGUUCGACGUACGUCGCGGCCUUGCAACCGGUAUUGCUUGCACAGCUGGCGGUCUUGGUGGUGUCUUCUUCCCUUUAAUCAUUCUAUACAUUGGCCCGACGCUCGGCUUCGCCUGGGCCAUGCGAAUCAUCGGAAUCAUCUGCUUCGUCUUGUGUGUUCUAGCUUGCUUAUUACUCAAGACGCGAUUACCCCCCAACCAGAAGGCCGGUAUGGCAAUCGACCUGAAAGCCCUCUUGGAGCCGAAAUAUGCAUUGACCACACUGGCCGUCUGGCUAGUCGAGUUUGCUGUCUUUAUCCCAUACACGUACAUUGUUUCUUAUGGGUUGUACGCCGGAUUGGAACAGUCUAUGGCAUACAAGCUAUCCGUGUUCCUAAAUGCAGGGGCUAUCCCGGGACGAGCGUUCCCAGGAAUCCUGGCCGACCGAAUGGGCCGAUUCAACGUGAUGACUAUGACGGCAGUUAUCUGCGCAAUCUGUACGCUUGCGCUCUGGUAUAAAGCGGGUACUAAUGAAGGUGCCAUCAUUGCAUAUGCCGUACUGUUCGGGUUCUGGAGUGGGGCAGCGAUCAGCUUGACGCCUGUGUGUAUCUCGCAGGUCUGCCGCACCGAGGAUUAUGGAAAGCGGAAUGGGACCACUUUCACGCUUGUCAGUGUUGGCACAUUGAUUGGCAUUCCCCUUGCGGGUGCGAUCCAAGAAAGCAAUGGAGGCGAGUAUUGGGGGCUGAUCAUCUUCGGCGGGGUUUUAUAUCUGGCCUCGGCUGUUGCGUUCGCGGUCGCCAGGGGGGUUGCGGGUGGCUGGGGAUGGAAGGUCAAGUUUUGA